UCUGCUGAGCUGUAUGGAAUAUAUUCCUUUGCUUUUAAUAACAAAAUAAUACUGUCAACAACAUAACCUCCAAACUUGAAUGAAUAAGGAAAGUUAAUUUUUAUAAACAUUUGAUAUCAAAGUGAAUAAUAAUAAAAUGAGUGGACUCACGGUGACACUUCAAUUUAGCGGCGGCGCCGAGCUCCUUUUCGACAAGGUUAAGAAAAGGGAAGUAGAAUUGCCUGCUCUAGAGAAAUUCUUACCACAAAUUAAUAAAACUGAUUGGUCUUUAAGAGAGCUGCUAGUUUGGAUAAAAGAUAAUUUGUUGAGGGAAAGGCCAGAACUGUUCUUACAGGGGGAUUCUGUGAGGCCAGGCAUAUUAGUUUUGAUCAACGACUCCGACUGGGAAUUAUACGGAGAAUUAGAUUACAAAAUACAUAAUGGCGAUACAAUUAUGUUUAUAUCUACGUUACACGGUGGAUGAAAAUUGUUAAUAUAUUAUUUGUUGGGUGUAUUUAAUAUAAAGUUUUUUUAACUUGUUAAUUCUUAAGGUAAUUUAUCAAUAAAUUUUUUUAAAGGACUGUUGUGUAUUUAU